AUGACCUACUCGACGCCAAUCAAUUUCAAGACUCCAGAAGGCUCUGAGAUCGUUCUCCAGGCCGCCAGAGAAGCUCUUUGUCCCCAGUUAUGCCAACUGCAGGCUCAGUGCACGGACAUUGUCUUUUCUCAUGAAGACAAGAACAGAUUCAGAAACCGACUAAACAGCCUGGAAGAACUUCACCCUUCUCCUAAGGUCGACCCAUCUUCUAAGGAGACCGUCGUGCCUGUUCUCCGAUGGUUGUAUCUCUUGGAUCAGACCGUCAAUGAAGCCAUUACACCCUGUCGAGUCACUGAGCUGUCCGCACCUUUCAUCUGGCAGCAAGUUCAGCCUUGGCUUACCGAAUCACUUGCUCGCGCGCGUCUUCAGGCUGGUACCUGGAUUCAAAUGCGUGAACAACUUUUUGAAUCUAUCUUUGGCUGGACAAUCUCCGAUUUUCUCUUCUUCGGAGACAAAUCCGAACUACUUCCAGAGAAGUACGAAGACCCCCUUGAAUGGCUUUAUGUCGUCGGGUGGGUCUGUCUCCUGAGUGGAAACAAAUCUGCCCUACAACCUUUUCUGGUCAAGGCGUCCUCUUUUACUGGCCUGGCUCAACUCAAACAGACCCUCGUCGACGCCUUCAUGGUAAACAGGGAUGAUGCCGACGCGCUAAACGAUUGGAAAAAUGAUGUUUCUCUUGAAUGGACCAUGGCCGUAUCUAAGAAUUCCAGCCAGUUGAGUCUGGUGAAGACGACAUCUGGCAAGAAGUACUAUGCUGUCGUGACCGGACGAAAACCCUGCGUUUACGCCGACAAGCACAUGGCUUAUCACAUGUCAAUGCACCAUCCAAAUUGUGCUCCUCUUGAGUUCGGCAGCGAAAAGGAGGCCUGGAACAAAGUGCGUUCUUUCGCCAAGGGAUCGCCGUUCAAGAAACGAGAGUCCACAAUGACAGUGCAUACAGACGGGGCCUGUCAGGGAGAAAAGGCCGGGGCAGGAGUUUGGUUCCAGGAUGGAAGCGAAUUCAAUUUCUCUGGUCCUGUUGAAGGAAAACAGACAAGGGAAAGAGCCGAGCUUUAUGCAGUCUUCCAGGCUUUGAGACUCAUCUUUACUCAUAGAGUCUACGACGCAUACCGAUGGGAAGUGGUAACGGACUCUCAAUACGCCAUCGACUGCAUCACGAAAAAGGGAGACAAGUGGGAGAAGAACGGUUACGUGGACUCCAAGGGUUGCCCAGUGGAAAACAGAGACCUCGUGGUUAUCAUCAGAUACUUUGCGCGGGAAUCAGAAAAGCUCUCUGGUUGCUACCACCAGAUAAUUUUCAAGCACACUCAUUCUCGGAACCAUGGAAACGAGUCUGCUAACAGACUGGCCACCAAGGGAAUCGACGGGAAGUUAUUUGUGUGGCCAGAAGGACUUCAUCACCCCCAGUGGGUUAACGACCAGAAGGCCAUUUUCAGACGGUACAGUUUUUAA